ACACACUGUAUAAGCGAAUACAAUCUAUUGACGAAUUCAUGCAUUCAAUCUCAUACAAAGAAUAGACCUUAGAGCAGGAAGUAGAUCAUUUUCCAAAAUUAACGAUCAAUAACCGAUCACAAAUAUUACAAAGGCGAAUACAAAUUGAGUAGGUAGUUAUCUCUAACUUAAGGAUUGUUGAAGAGCAUAGUGUAGCUUAAUCAACCAUGGCAAGCAAUGCACAAGGCAAGACGCUAAUAGUGGCAGCUUUCGACUUCGGAACCACGUACAGCGGUUAUGCUUUCUCCUUCCGAGACGAUCCUAACAAGAUUCAGACAAACCAGAACUGGUACGCAGGAGGUGGGGCUUCAAGAUUAGUGUCACUGAAGACGCCUACAUCCGUCCUACUAAAUUCUGAGGGAGGGUUUGAUAAAUUUGGUUUCGAGGCCGAAGACAAGUACGCAACCCUAGCUGAAGAUGAUGAGCACCAUGGCUGGAGGCUUUUUCGGAGAUUUAAGAUGGUUCUGCAUAGCAAUAAGCACUUGACGAAAGACGUUACGGUAGAUGACUUUUGUGGAGAACAAAUGACGGCUUUCCCAUUGUUUGUCAUGUCAAUCAAGUACCUGAGAGAACACCUGCUUACGGCAGUUACCACGCAAAAGAUAGGAAUCGAGGAAACGGAUAUACUGUACGUGUUGACAAUUCCGGCUAUCUGGGAAGACAAUGCCAAGAGAUUUAUGAGGGACGCGGCUAUAGCAGCUGGAAUAGACCCAAACCGCCUUAAGCUGGCCUUGGAGCCGGAGUGUGCCUCGAUCUGGUGUGAGACGCUGGGCAUGGACGUCAAGGGUGCUGUAGCGUUUCAAGGAUCACAGUACAUGGUGGUCGAUCUUGGAGGAGGCACCGCAGAUAUAUCUGUUCAUGAAAGAAAACCAGAUGGAACCCUUAAGGAAAUACACAAAGCCAGUGGGGGACCAUGGGGAGGCAUCUAUGUGGAUGAAAAUUACAUGAAAAUGUGGAAAGAACUUUUUGGAGAAAAAGCUCUCAACGACCUCCGAGAGAAUGAAAUGAAUGAUUAUUUCGACAUCACUCGGGAAUUUGAACAUAAGAAACGGUCAUUUGACACUGACAAAACAAAGCAGAUAGUUGUUCGUAUUUCUGCUUCGCUGAGGGAUCUUUCAGAAAAGUAUUCUUCCGAAUCUUUAGAGGAACGAAUUGCAUCCUUAAAAGUGCGGGAACAUGCCAUCACCACAAGAGGCAAAGACAAGUUAAAGAUUGAUACAACAAUUGUCCUAUCAUGGUUUAAAAGACCGAUCGAUCUGCUGAUCCAGCAUCUGAAGACUCUUUUAGCUGAACCAAAGAUAAAAAGCGUGCGUACCGUUAUUCUAGUUGGCGGUUUCGGUGAAAGUCCGUACGUUCAGGAGAGAAUCAGGAAUGAAAUUGCCGGCGUGAGACUGAUCGUUCCUGCAGACGCGGGCCUCGUUGUGUUAAAAGGCGCCGUUAGGUUUGGACACAACCCCACUAUUGUCUCUUCAAGGAUCAUUAAAUACACGUAUGGUACAAGUGUGAAUGUCACGUUUAAUGAAAAGAAGCAUCCCGAGGAAAGGAAGGUUUGGAUAAAUGGAGAGUGGCAAGUGCCUAAUUAUUUCAAAGUGUACGCGCGGGUGAACACACAGGUGAGAGUAGACAAACAAAUGACCAGGAAAAGCUGUCCUUACGGCGGAAAAUCCCUUUUAUCGGUCUACAGGACGACAAAUGAAAACCCUGAGUACACAACAGAAGAUGGGUGUGAACUUCUCGGUGAAAUUGAACUUGAGAACAGCAUGGACAUUCCUUUCGAAAAACAGAUAUGUGAAGACACGUUUAUGUUUGGGGAUACGGAGCUGCUGGUAAAGACAAAGAACACUGUCACAGGGAAAGAGGCGUUCAUGACAUUUGAGUGUUUCAAAUAAAUAGUUUGCCAGACGAUGACUGUGAAACGGAACAUUGGCGUUCACAUACGGAUGUGAUAAAAUCUGUUAGCGUUUAAGACGUUUCACAAGACUAUUUUAAAGAACGUUUCGUUUUUUUUUUGUUUAUUCAUAUUUGAUUAUACAUAUAAGUACUACGGUUUUAUAUAUGUGAAUACAUUUUAGACAUUUUUAAAAUAUCUAUUUUCUGUUUUAAAAAUGCAUAAAAUGUUAAACACACAUACUUCGGAUGGAAUCUUGUCAUUAUAUACAACUAUUAUGUGUUUCAUACCUGUUUAGUUGGACAGCAUACAAAUAAUACCAUCAUUUAUAAAUUAAUCCCGACACCAAACUUCGUAUAUUGCAAAUAAUGCAUGUAUUUAUAUUUAGAAGAGUUUGUAAAGGCGUGCAUCUUGAGAAGCUGUAGUAUUUUUACGAUAACGUAUCUGUUUAUACAUUAUUGAACAAAUGAUGUGUUUCAUAGUUAUGGUACCUGUUUCUCCGUACAGCAAACAAAUAUUAUCUUGCUAAAAUGAAUGUUAUUAAACAUGGAAUAGUUUGUCAAGUUGUUUAUCAUUAAAAGAGUUUGGUUUUAGUUAUGGAGAUGUAGUUCUUUAGUGACUUUAUUUAAAAAAAGAAAGACCAUUAAAGCAAUACAACUUUUUAUGAAGUAUGAACAUCUGGAAUCAAUUCGAUUCAUUAACUUCAGAAUAAGGGAUUACUGUACAGAAUUCAUUCCAUAGUGUAGUUAUUUUAAUA